AUGGAGUUUCCCAUCUUAUCUUUUGCCCGUCUUUCAAAGUUCCCUCCCUCACUGUCAAGCAGGGAACCCCCACAUCUGCGGAUACGAAUACGUCUGUCUACACUUACACCGAAACAUCGCGUCAGCUUGACAACCUUGGUCUACGUGAGUCCGUUGUACCUGCGUCCCGACCGGCUUGGUCACACGGCAAUCUCAUCAUCCUCGAUGGACCAACUCAACGGCCUGAACCGAUGCAUCGCCAAAACUUCGGUCCAGCCCGUCCGGGCGUCUCCCCACGUCCACUCUCGUGAUGAUUAUUUAGUACUCGCUUGUCCCGAAUGUCCGGGCACACUUUUCGACCCUUCAUGUCGCUUUGAGGAUUUCGGAAUCAGUAUGAUUACCUUCCGACAAGCGAGCCCAAGACACGGCCUACAAAGUAGGGGAGUAGGGACGGCUGUUGGUCUUCUCCCGGUCGUGAGAGUCUUGGAUAGCCGAGAUGAGAUGCGAAAUGAGAUGCGAAAUGCACGAUGCACGAUGCACGAUGCCAGACGCGACAUUGGUCCCGGCCGGCUUAUUCUCCUUGCUCUUCCGCCGACUCACCCCGUGGUGACCCUGCUGCGAUCUGGUCCUGGCAGAUCUUCGGACAAUCUUGCCCUCGACGACGGGAUCCCCGACCGCAAAUAUCCGGGUGGUAUCCAAAUCAUUGCUACGGAGUUCGGACACUGCCCUUUCGAUACCAUCACAGCACGGACGGAAUGCAUUUUCAACCCUACUUCCACAUCAUCCUAUCUCCUGGGCGACGCUACGAACGCGAUAGCUAUCUUCGUCUGCCCUCCCAAUCUAUCUACCUUGUGUCACCUCGGCCGUCGUUUCAUAUCGAUAGACGACAACAAAUGCUUCCCGUGCACCCUUCCCCACCUUGACGUAUCAAUAUCUGCCGGGCCGCUUCGGCCCACUGCGACGUUGUCCUCCAUCGCCACGCUGUACAGCGCCCUGCUGGCCACGGGAACGGGCGGCUAA